AUGCUCCACCUCACAACCUUGCCUGCCACCGAGUCUUUCGCCACCGAGUUAACAGUACCUAGUUACGCCAAUGCGAUUCCGUCGAACAUCCUUCCAUCGUUCUGUAUCAAAAAAGACGAAUUUGGUUACUCGACGUUUGUACGUCACACCCUUAGAUACAAAGAGACCAAGGGUAUUAUUGUAAAUACGUUCCAGGAGCUCGAACCCUACGCGCUUGACUCUUUGUCUUCCAGCUACCUGGAUUUGCCACCAAUAUACCCGGUUGGACCGAUUAUCGAUCACGUUGGACCGGCUAAGUGGCAUUCAAACCGGUCUGGGCAUGAAAAGACCAUCGAAUGGCUCGACCGGCAGCCUGAAUCAUCAGUUGUUUUCCUGUGUUUUGGUAGCAUGGGGUGUUUAACCCCGGUUCAGGUGAGAGAAAUAGCUAAUGGUUUGGAGCGAGCCGGGUACCGGUUCUUAUGGGCAUUACGUGAACCGGCGAAAGCGAAGCUAAAGCUUCCAAACGAUUAUGAACAUCUUGACGAGUCUUUGUUUCCAGAUGGGUUCAUUGAUCGAACUGCUGAGAUAGGAUUGGUGUGUGGGUGGGUCCCACAGGUGAGUGUGCUGGCACACAAAUCGAUUGGUGGGUUUGUGUCCCAUUGUGGCUGGAACUCGAUCUUGGAAGGUAUAUGGUAUGGUGUACCGAUUGCCACGUGGCCUUUAUAUGGAGAGCAACAGUUGAAUGCUUUUGAAAUGGUACGAGAGCUGGGAUUGGGUGUUGAGAUAAGGUUGGAUAGUAGAGAUAAGGGUGGUGAUCUGGUGUUGGCGGAGGAUGUGGAGCGAGGUGUGAGGGAGUUGAUGGACGGUGGUGAUGGUGAGUUGAGGAAAAAGGUCAAGGAAAUGAGUGAGAAGAGCAAUAAAGCUUUGAUAGAAAACGGUUCCUCUUUUAAAGCUCUUGGGGGUUUGAUUGAUGUUCUUCUAUCUAACAUAUAA